AUGUUGUGCAGCAAUCAACGGCAGUUUUGGACGGUAGGAGGAGAGCGAACUGUUUGUUUUCACAGUAAACCGGUAAACGAAAGCUUCUACUUGUUCGUCUCCCAACAAAUGGUCGUUUUUGCCUGUUCGGUGAAGGAGUAAGUGUUUUCAUGUUGUGCAAUUUACACUGUUUGCGUGAAGACUUUCAACUGGCGAAUAGCAUCAGUUCGCCCGGAGGGUCAUCGUCAGCGACGACACCCUCUGCUCCGUUAGCGUCAACUGUUUAGAAAAUGACCGGAGAGAAGAUCCGCUCCCUGCGUAAGGAUCAGAGGCCGAGCAAGGACGAGGACUUACUGGAACCGGACGAGGAGGCUGCCACCGGGACGUUCACCGCAUCCAAGACGAACAACAAGAGCAGAGCGAGUAAAAUCUUCAGCAAUCACAAGUUAAUCAAGUCUUCAUCCACACAGCAGCAGCAGCAGCAGCAGAACCAACAGUCGCAGAUUAAUGCUAACACUAACACGCUGUCAUCAACGGAUGUCAUCGAUGACAAUAACAAAAACCCCAUCAUCCGAACCGGGCAGGACUUUCCGGUUCAUGAAUGUGUAUUUAAAGGAGAUGUCCGGCGCCUCUCUUCGCUCAUACGGACACAGAAUAUCGCCCAGAAAGACGUCCAUGGAAACACACCGCUGCAUCUCGCUGUCAUGAUGGGCCACAAAGAGUGUGCCCACCUGCUGCUGGCUCACAAUGCACCAGUGAAGGUGAAGAACGCUCAGGGAUGGAGCCCCCUUGCUGAGGCCAUUAGCUACGGAGACCGACAAAUGAUCACAGCGCUGCUGAGGAAGCUGAAGCAGCAGUCCAGGGAGAGUGUGGAGGACAAGAGGCCCAAGCUGCUGAAAGCACUGAAAGAACUCGGAGACUUUUACUUAGAGCUUCACUGGGACUUCCAAAGUUGGGUGCCUUUGCUCUCCAGAAUCCUGCCUUCAGACGCGUGUAAGAUCUACAAGCAGGGCCUCAACAUCAGAUUGGACACGACCCUGAUAGACUUCACAGACAUGAAGUGUCAGCGCGGCGACCUCAGUUUCAUCUUCAACGGCAAUGCCAUCCCCUCUGAGUCUUUCGUCGUGCUGGACAAUGAACAGAAAGUCUACCAGCGGAUACACCAUGAGGAGUCGGAGAUGGAGACGGAGGAGGAAGUGGACAUUCUGAUGAGCAGCGACGUGUACUCGGCCACGCUCUCCACCAAAUCCAUCACCUUCUCCAGGGCGCAGACCGGCUGGCUGUUCAGAGAAGACAAGACGGAGCGCGUGGGAAACUUUCUGGCUGAUUUCUACUCUGUGAACGGCCUGGUGCUCGAGUCCAGGAAGAGGCGGGAGCAUCUGAGCGAGGAGGACAUCUUGAGGAACAAAGCCAUCAUGGAGAGCCUGAGCAAAGGAGGGAAUCUCAUAGAGCAGAACUUCGAGCCGGCGAGGAGGCAAUCUUUAACUCCCCCUUCACCCAACACUAUCUCCUGGGAGGAAUACAUCUCUGCUGACAAUGGAAAAGCACCUCAUCUAGGAAGAGAGCUGGUCUGCAAAGAGAGCAAGAAAAACUUCAAAGCCACGAUAGCCAUGAGUCAAGACUUCCCUCUGGGCAUUGAAUCGUUACUGAAUGUUCUGGAAGUGAUUGCACCCUUCAAGCACUUUAAUAAACUCAGGGAGUUUGUUCAGAUGAAGCUCCCCCCAGGCUUUCCUGUCAAACUCGACAUCCCCGUCUUUCCAACGAUCACAGCCACCGUGACGUUUCAGGAGUUUCGCUACGAUGAGUUUGAUCAGUCCAUUUUUACCAUUCCCAACGACUAUAAAGAAGACCCCAGCCGCUUCCCCGACCUUUAACCUCUCAAGCGGGAGCAGGAAACGAACGUGCAACAAGGCCACGUUAUGCUACAAAACAUACUUUUUGAAUUACAAAAGGAAAAAAAAAACUGCGCCAACGUUUCUUGACAGCUUGUGGAUUCCAUCGUCCAUCCCAACCCUGACGACAGACAGCAACAAGGCGACGAGAGUGUGACGUGACAGGACAUAAAUGGCCUCAUUAGAGCUGACGGAGUAUUAACAAAGUGUUUGGAAGCAUUGUGUCGCAGGUUGAGAGCCUCAUCAGUGAAAAGACAUUGAGCAGGUGAGUUUUCUGUCCACAGGAUAUAAGUAGAAGACAGACAACCAGUUCAGUUGAUGCUAUGUAUUUAAGUAUGUAAGUAAUGUUUAUAAAGGGAAUGUUUUUAACUGACUCGUAGUACGGCACUGAUAUUACUGUGUGACACGUUGAGUAGGAAUUCCACCAAAAAUGACUUUUUAGGUACUUUUUCCUGCUUAAGUAGACUUUUAAAAAUUCAGUUCCCCUUCUUCUGAUGCUGGAUUUGAGGUCAGUGAGACAUAAAAUUCAUACAAUCUAAUGCACGCUUGUUAGACAGAUGUGUAGGGGAAUAACAACACUGCAUUUUUUACACUUAGAAAUGUUCCCAGAGAUGUACUAAACACUGAUUAAAAUGUCAUUUGACAUUCAUUUUCAAGAAAUGUUAAGUGAAGCAGCUUCUUCGUAGGUUAAAAACCUAAAAAUAAUUUUUUGCAGGAUUCCACUUUAACUCUGCACAUUAGAAAAUUGUGUGUGAGUGUGUGUGCAUGUGCGUGUGUGUGUGCGUAACAUUGAUUUUCAUGGGCAUGGAGUAGCAUCACUGAACUUUUGGGCACUAUUAAGAUCCACUACAGUCACUCUACAGUUUGUGAUACUCAACCUUUAAUUCUGCUUUUGAAAUAUUAUAGUUUCAUCGAGGCAACGCUAGAACUGCUGCAGUUUUUAUGGUACCAGUUUUUUUUUUUGUUUGUUCGAGUGGCAGCGAGGGUAAUUUAUGAUGUCUCAGCCUUUUGUUUCUUACUACACCUGUAAACCAUGUAACAAACUCCACAAUCCUGCUAACAGAAGAAAACUGUACAGUAAGUAGAUAUUAGGGAAUUAAUGAAUGGUUACAACAUUCAUGCCAAUUUUACAAAUAACAAGAACCAGGCUUUUUCUCUCGCACAGUCUGUAAAUACAGGUUUGUCUUUUACGUUGUUUUCUUCUUUGUGCUGAUGAGUUUAAGAUAUUCUCUGCAAGCAGAAGAGUUGUGGAAAUUUUUCUACGUAGCGUCACAGGUUAAUUCAAGGGGUUCAUUGGUUUGUAACAUGGUGGCAGUUGCUAUUUUUGUACAUACUUGUUAAUGUUUUAAAGGAAAAAAAAAAUCUCUUUACUCUCUUGUCAUUAUUUCCCAUCCUUGUGAACCUCCUCCAGAUGUGUGGAAUAAUCAAUCACUUCCACAGUGUGAAAAGCACAAAGCACCUAGUUUCCCCAGAAAACGAAUUCUGUAGAAGUCCAGGAGGUGCUGACUGGAGGCUGUUAAACUCUCCAGGAGUGUUUAUAGCUGCUGCUGCGGUUCAUGAGCUUUUAAUCGUGUUGAUACAAACUGGUGUGGUGCUCAUGUUUGUUAACUUGUUCCUGGAGUUUAAAAGGUGUACUACGCAGAUGUGGUCACUCAAAGUAUUGUUAGAACAAUUAGCUUAUUUACAUCCAUAUUCAUUAUCAGUAUAACCAAAUCUUUUUCCACAACACGUUCCUCCUAACGGGCAAGUGCAGCCAACCUUACUGAUACUGUGCCUCCUCACCUACAUGACGCUUGACAUUUUAUCUCAUGCUCCUUCCUGUCUUCAGCUGCUUGAAUUUUACAUGUUUUACGUAGGAAAUUCAGCAUUCUACAUGUCCGUUGUACAGCAAAGACUGUUGUAUACGUCUGCGACACUAUUUUCAUAUAAAAUGUACUAAAAUAAAAAUUCCACAUAUC